ACAACACGCCCGAAGAAGGCUCGGUGAUCUGGCUCUCUGUUUCUGUCUAUCUGCAGUUGGCUGGUAUCACUGUAACGAAUAAAGAAAAUUAGGGUUUUUUCAAAUGGUUGGAAGGAUGGGUAUCGGUUCAAGAGAGAAGGCAGCAAGUCUCCUGCACUCGGCCAAGUUCGCCAUGGACAUACCUUCGAAGCUGGAGCAUUUGCAUCAGCUAAAGGAAUUUUUGUUGCAGAGAGAUCCUUCUUUACUUCCAGAAUUCGUGCCUCAACUUCUCGAAUUUCAGAACGACCGGUUCAGUCCAGUUCGCAAGUUUCUAGCCGGGAUGAUUGAUCAAUUGGGAAUGGAGCAUAUCGAAUUCUUACCUGAAAUGGUUCCUGUUUUAAUUGCUUUUUUGAAAGAUACUGCACCAGCUGUUGCUCGACAGGCUAUCACUAGCGGGACUGAUUUAUUUUGUAGAACUCUUGAAAAGGUUGCGAUUCAGGGUUUAUGCUCCAGUGAAUUGGAUAGUUCGCUUGAAUCAUCAUGGGACUCAAUGCUAAAGUUUAAGGACAUUGUAUACCCAAUAGCAUUUCAGACUGGAAACGAUGGGAUCAGACUGCUAGGUGUGAAGUUUGUUGAAGCUAUGAUACUUCUUUAUACACCAGAUCCUGAUGGUCCUUCGGAGCCACCUCCUUAUCAAGCUUAUGAAGGAAAUGUGGUAGGGUUUAAUAUGUCCUGGCUCCGUGGUGGUCAUCCCAUGCUUAACAUUGGAGACCUAUCAAUUGAGGCCAGUAGGAGCCUGGGAUUGCUGCUUGGUCAGCUACGUUUCCCCACAGUGAAAUCUCUCAGUAAUGCAAUUAUAAUUGUGCUUAUUAACAGUCUUUCAGCAAUUGCAAAGAAAAGGCCUGCAUUUUAUGGGCGUAUUUUACCAGUUUUGCUUGGCUUGGAUCUGUCAAGCUCUGUUAUCAAGGGAGUGCGAUUUUGUGGUGCACAUCAUGCUUUGAAGAAUGCCUUUGUGUCCUGUUUGAAAUGUACACAUCCGGGUGCUGCGCCGUGGCGGGAUCGUCUGGUUGGUGCCCUCAGAGAAAUGAAAGCUGGGGUGUCAGCAGAACAAACUGUUUGUGAAGUUGGUAAGUUUAAUGGAAUCGUAGAAGAUGGGGCAGGCGAGGCAUAUUCUAUCGAGGAACGGAAACCCUCAAUGGAAUCCCUUGAUGAUGUCCAUAUUGAGACUGGGAAGAAAAGAUCUGCACAAGAGAUUAGUGAUCUAGUACAAGAUGAUGGCCUAUCUACCAAACGAGUUAGACCAACACCUAUCGUCUCUCAGAGCUCAACCAAAGACUCAAAUGCAGUUCAAGAUAACCUCCCUUCGACUGGGUCAACAGCUUCUGCAGGAGAUGGAGAUUCUGGACCUGUUCAGCAACUUCUUGCCAUGUUUGGUGCUUUGGUUGCCCAAGGUGAAAAAGCUGCUGGAUCUUUAGAGAUCCUUAUAUCAAGCAUCUCUGCUGACUUGCUAGCUGAAGUGGUGAUGGCUAAUAUGUGCUAUCUUCCUGCAACCCGUCCUAAAGCUGAAGGGGAUGACGAAUCAAUGCUAAACACAGGUUAUAUUACAAGCACGGUUGGAAGUAAUACCCAGGGUAUUCAGCCAUCAUCAUUUGUAUCAAAUGUUUUUUCCCUUUCGAGUGCAUUUCCGCAGAUAGCAAGGUUAUUAAGUGCUCAACCAUCAACAUCGCGUGAUGCCGAUAAGUCUCAACGGGGUAAUGAACAUCAAGCAGUGGUAGCGACUGAUACUGCUGCGGUGUCUUCUAGUAUAAACGAUUUGACUGAAGCAGUCAGACCUACUGAGGUAGUGGUUAGUACUAGUGCUGUAGUACCAUCCAAAAUGGAGGAUUGUUCAGCUAUUCCACCGGAGGCACAUGAUAUGGGGAAUUUCGAGAGUGGGAUACCUGGUCUGGAUUCUUCUGUCUACACUGAUGGACUGUUGGAAACUCUAGAUACGUCUCGUUUGUCCUCUGCUGAUAUACAAGGCACAAAUCAGGAGGAAGUUACAAGUUUGGAUAGUUCUCCUCUGAAUUUUCCUUCAACUGGUUCCACGCCAGUAGAUAGGUCGGAGGAACUCAAUCCCAAUAGCACGACUCAUACGACAGCAACGUCUGUUCAUUUGUCUAGUCAAUAUGUACUUCCUAAGAUGUCAGCGCCUGUUGUUGACCUUGAUGAUGAACAGAAGGAUUAUCUACAAAAAUCGGCAUUUCUGCACAUCAUUGAAGCUUACAAACAAGUAAAAGUUGCAGGAGGCACACAUGUCCGCUUUUCUUUGCUUGCUUGUUUGGGAAUGGAGUAUCCCUUGGAGUUAGACCCAUGGAAGCUUCUUCAGAAGCAUAUAUUGUCAGAUUAUUUGAAUCAUGAGGGGCACGAGUUGACAUUGCGUGUCCUCUUCAGGUUAUUUGGAGAGGCAGAACAAGACCGUGACUUUUUCUCUUCAACAACUGCUACUUCAGUAUAUGAAACAUUUCUUCUGACUGUGGCUGAAACACUUCGAGACUCAUUUCCUGCCUCAGACAAAUCAUUAACUAGGUUGCUUGGUGAAGUUCCUUAUCUGCCAAAGACAGCUUAUAAGUUUUUAGAGUGUUUGUGCUGUCCUGGAAGCAAUGAAAAGGUUGACAAGGAACUGCAAAGUGGAGAUAGAGUUACUCAAGGCCUCAGUACUGUGUGGAGCCUGAUUUUAUUGAGACCUCCAAUUCGAGAUAUCUGCCUGAAGAUUGCCUUGCAGAGUGCAGUUCACCACUUGGAAGAAGUACGGAUGAAGGCAAUACGUCUGGUGGCGAACAAGCUUUAUCCUCUAUCAUGUAUUGCUCAACAAAUAGAAGAUUUUGCCAAUGAUAUGCUGCUCUCGGUAAUGAAUGGUCCUAAUGUUACGGAGGGAGUAGAUGCUGAAGGAUCAAUUAUUGAAGGGCCAAAGGAUUCUGAUUUGGAGAAUCCUCCAAAUGAACUGGCAGUGAGCAAUGUCACUAAAGAAGUUGCCUCUGAUAGUACAUGUUCUUCAAUCUUGGAUGCACAAAGAUGCAUGUCUCUGUAUUUUGCACUUUGUACAAAGAAGCACUCGCUUUUUCGGCGAAUCUUUGUGAUAUAUAAAAGCUUACCAAAGGGUGUAAAGCAGGCAGUCCAUCGGCAUAUUCCAAUUUUAGUUCGCACUAUGGGCUCUUCAUCUGAGCUUCUUGGGAUCAUUUCAGAUCCACCAACUGGAUGCGAGAACCUUCUAAUGCAGGUUUUACAUACACUGACAGAUGGUACAAUUCCUUCACCAGAGCUAAUCUUGACUGUUAGAAAGUUAUAUGAGUCGAAACUAAAGGAUGUAGAAAUUCUCAUUCCGAUAUUACCAUCUUUAUCAAAAGAUGAGGUCCUGUCAAUUUUCCCUCAGCUUAUUAAUCUUCCACCAGAUAAAUUCCAGGCAGUACUUGCACGUAUACUCCAGGGAUCAUCUCAUUUUGGUCCAGCCCUUACACCUGCCGAAGUGUUGAUUGCUAUCCAUGGGAUAGACCCUGAGAGAGAUGGAAUACCUUUAAAGAAGGUCACAGAUGCAUGCAAUGCUUGUUUUGAGCAACGCCAAGUAUUCACCCAACAAGUUCUUGCAAGGGUCUUGAAUCAAUUAGUUGAGCAGAUUCCUCUUCCUCUGUUAUUCAUGCGCACAGUCUUACAAGCAAUUGGUGCUUUUCCAGCCUUGGUAGACUUCAUAAUGGAGAUCCUCUCUCGUCUUGUGAAUAAACAGAUAUGGAAAUACCCCAAAUUAUGGGUAGGAUUCUUGAAGUGCACUGCCCUGACAAAGCCUCAUUCUUUCAGUGUUUUGCUUCAGUUACCCGCAGCACAGCUUGAAAAUGCGCUGAAUAGAACUCCUGCCCUGAAGGCUCCCCUAAUAACUCAUGCUAAUCAACCAAACAUCCGAACCUCACUACCCAGAUCCAUAUUGGUGGUCCUAGGAAUAGCCCAAGAUUCUCAGAGUUCUAGCCAUACACAGAUGGUUCAGCCGCAGACUACAGAUACAAGCAAUUCUGGAGCUGAAGCAGUGACAGAAAAGAAUAAAGAAUCAUCAACAGUUAGCUGAUCUUGGGCUGACUCAUCAAAUGGGCAAAUACUGAACCCGUGAAGGUUUUAAAGUUAUGACUGCAGAGAUCGCAAAAGGCUAAAUUGCGAAGGACUUGCAGUUAUGAUGACUAUGUUUGGGGAUCAGAGAAACGAACAUAUGAUGGGUUAGCAAUUUUGAUGACUAUUUGCAGGGAUUGAAGGAGCCAAGAUUCAGUUACCAGAAGUUUCCAUCUAUCAACAAAAUCACAGCAGAAUGGAGAAGCCAUUUGAUGCUGGCGGUGACGGGAUUAAUUCGCUUACCCCUCCUGCAAUUAUUUAAUAACCUGGAGGCAAUUGGGAUGAUUCUCAAUGCAGCAAAUGGAUUGUAUAAGAAAGAUGUUUAAAUCCUAAAA